CUUUCCAUCCCAACCCUCCCUCGGUCGCCAGCUUAUGCGCAAACCACCUUCUAUCUGCGCUUCUCAUCUCGAACACUUUGGUAAUCCGCCACCACCACUAUGGCGCCUGUCGAGCCCGAUGCAGUGUCGCGCUCCAACAUUGGGGCCGUGUCCUUGUUCGCGGGUCAAGUGCUGCUUGUGCUAGGAUGCACUGCAAAAGUACUCUUCACUACUCGACGCGCUUCGCAAUCUCUUCCACCUACGACCACCACGCGAGGGCAAGAACCGCUCCGGCGACGCCAUGCCUUCGUCUUCUCCUGUAUUGCUUUUCUGUCACUGGCCUCUGUCACGGCCUUCGCCGUCACCUGGCGCGCGUCGUCGUACUUGGAUUGGGCUGAACAUCACAAACACGACAUCCCAAAUAGUCUCUGGACGGGCUGGCGCGGCACAGGCGACAAAGGUGUGGGCAUUUGGCGAUUCGGCGACUGGUUGAGCGACAAGAAUCUCAUCGUUGAGUCGGAUUCCGUUGCUGUCGCCCGGCCAGAGGGCUUCCUGUUCACAAACGAGCAUUUUGUAGGGCUGCUGGCAAGCUCCAUUCUCUUUGGUGUCGAAGGCCGUCGCCGCAACCUGUCAGUCUAUACAGUAGCAUCGUUUGUGAUAUUGGGCGCCAUCGGCAGUCUUGGCUAUGCGCUGAGCCUCUUUUUCAUCACCAUGCUCUACACGCCCUUGUCAGUUCACAGCGGCGAUAACAGAUACGACGAUACUCUGUUCGCGCCCAAGCCUGUAGUGUACAAUGUCCCCAUCGUGCUUUCCGCCAUAGGAAUCAGUAUUCUGCCAUCCCUUUUGAAACGAAACCUACACGACGACAUUCUGCGAUACGGAUACGUUGCGGUGCCAUUGUUUUUGGCGUUUGCACCCAAGAUCGUCCCGGCCAGCUGGGGACGUCAUCACGCUUCCAAGUCAUCUGCUCAUCGCUCAUUCAGCAAGGCCUUUUAUGUUCUCUCACUCCUGUCUUUCGUAUUGCAUUGGAAGAGUCUGGCCUUCGCCAUUUCGGUGAACACCCCUCAAAAAAAUUCGCACAUCUACGACCUCGUCAUCAACUUGGGAAGGCAAAAAAGCUCUACUCCGGAUAGGUUGUUGGCCGGACUUGCCGCCACAGCAUCGAACCUGAAGCUUGUGAGCAAGGACCCUACAGUCAGCGUGACGACCUCGGACAUCUUCUUCUCCACCAUCAGUCUCUUGACCUGGGCAUUUACCCGCGAUCUAGACGUGAGCAGCAUCCUCCAGAACAGUGCUCUCUCUUUUUUGUCUGGGCAUUCAUCGGAGAAGCACGUGGAAUUUGCGGACCAAGUCCAAAAGGUGCCCGAGGAGACUUCUGAAGCAGAGGCUGAUUUGCCAGCCACGACGCCCAAGAAGCGCGGCCGUCCAAAGAAAGCCAGCCUCACCAAUGGAGCUUCAUCAGGUACCACGUCGAAGGGCACGCUGAGAAGAAGCACGAGGAACAAGAGCCACAGCGAUUAUGAAUCCGAUGCUGAAUCGACGUACAAGCCAUCGGCUGCAGAGAGGGAGGUGGUUGCGCAGACAGAAGCGGAUGGAGUGCAAUCAGAGGACUUGGUGCAUGGCGGUGAAGCCACGGCACUUGCCCUCGCUCUUGCAUUUCUCGGGGGCCUUGGACAACUUGCAGCAGCUGUGUUGGGGGCGGAAGUGACAAGCACCAACGAAUAA